GUUAUUCUGGUUGUAUGCCCCUGAAAGAGAGAAAGACCUCGCCACAUUGCCUUUGCAACCUUUCCACCUGACAGUUUGAGGCCUGGCUCUUUUAAAGGAGGCAAUCCGGCGAGGCUUUCUAUCUUUUUUUCCCUAGGAGCAGCGCUAACACUGAGCAGAAGCAGAGCAAACGAUCAGACCACUAUCCUUUUCGAACCUUCGAGCCUUUGACCUUCGAGCCUUUGACCUUCGAGCCUUUGACCUUCGAGCCUUCGAUUUUCGAGCUUUCGAGCCUUGAAUACAGCGAGCAAGCAGUGCUGAGCAAGCAGUAUGCAAGCAGCGUGCGAGAAGCGUUCAGAAGAGAUUCAGAGCAUUCGAGUCGCUAAGCUAGAGCAUACAGCAAGCAAGCAGUAUCGAGCAAGCAGUAUGCAAGCAGCGUGCGAGAAGCGUUCAGAAGAGAUUCAGAGCAUUCGAGUUGCUAAGCUAGAGCAAACAGCGAGCAAGCAGUAUCGAGCAAGCAGUAUGCAAGCAGCGUGCGAGAAGCGUUCAGAAGAGAUUCAGAGCAUUCGAGUCGCUAAGCUAGAGCAAACAGCGAGCAAGCAGUGUCGGAGCAAGCAGUAUGCAAGCAGCGUGCG